CACAAAUGGCACUUUUUGGGGUCUUGGCGCCGCCCAUUGGACGGUGCCGCAGCUCUGGGCCGUGGUUGACAGCAGGGAUCGGGGGCCAUGUGCCCGUAACAAAGCUUGGUAUCGAUUGCUUCUUCGCUCCAUCUGGCUCACUGUUCAGUGUGACAUCAUCGGCCCUCAACAGCAGACCUCUUUGCAGAUCACCACCAACAAGCAAUAAAGUGUCUAUUUAAUCGCACCGCCAUGGACCGACCGCCCCGACCUUUGUUUCUUCCCCGCAGUUCCCCAGGUCGUCAAUCUGGAUCGGACCGAGCGAGGAAUAAACCAUAAUUAAGACUAAACCACACUCACACGCACACGACAAGCCGUCGAGAUGGUUUUCGGCAGAAGGUCAAUCCGCAUCAAUGGCGCCGACUGCGGCGUUGAGGCGCUGCUCCUCGGAGCUAUUACGUCUGUCGGCGGGUUCCUGUUCGGCUACGACACAGGCCAGAUCUCGGGCAUGCUGCUGUUCACCGACUUCAAAAACCGCUUCGGGCAGGUCGACAAUGGCGACGGAACCAAGGACUUUGAGCCCAUCAUCCAGUCGCUCAUCGUCUCGCUCAUGAGCAUUGGCACCAUGCUUGGCGCCCUGGGCUCGUCCUACACGGCCGACUGGCUGGGCCGGCGGAAGAAUCUCAGCUUUGGCACCGUUUUGUUUAUCAUCGGCAGUAUCAUCCAGCUCACGGCCGUCAGCAGCUGGGUGCACCUCAUGAUGGGCCGUUUCGUGGCGGGGCUUGGCAUCGGUGUCUUGUCUGUGGGCGUGCCCAUGUUCCAGUCCGAGUGCGCGCCGCGUGAGAUCCGUGGCGCCGUUGUCGCCACAUACCAGCUCAUGAUCACGUUUGGCAUUCUCAUCUCCAACAUCGUCAACUACGGCACGCGCGAGAUCGAGGACGAGCCCGCCUCGUGGCGCAUCGUCGUUGGCCUGGGCAUCGCAUUCUCGCUACCGCUGGGCUUGGGCGUGUUCAUGGUGCCCGAGUCGCCGCGCUGGCUGGCGGCCCGCGAGGACUGGACAGGGGCGCGGUGCGCCUUAGCGAGGCUGCGCGGCAUGAAGGACGAUCUGAGCCACGGGCUCGUCGAGGACGACAUGCGCGAGAUGCGCGAGAUGAUCGAGAAGGAGCGCAACGUCGCUGUCGGCACCUGGAAAGAAUGCGUCAUCCCAAAGAAGAACGGUGUGCCCAAGCAGGUUUACCGCACCUUUCUGGGCAUGGCGCUGCAGUUCCUGCAGCAGUACACGGGCGUCAACUACUUCUUCUACUAUGGCGCGACCAUUUUCCAGUCGGCCGGCGUCGAUGACCCGAUCCGCGUCCAGCUCAUCCUCGGCGCCAUCAACGUCGCCAUGACCUUUUACGGCCUGUACAUCGUCGAGCGCUACGGCCGCCGCAUGCCCCUGUUCAUCGGCGCCAUCUGGCAGGCCGCGUGGCUGGCCGUGUUUGCCGCCAUCGGCACCGCCCUCCCCCCCGAGAACAACAAGGCCGCCGGCAUCGUCAUGAUUGUAGCCGCCGCCAUGUUCAUCGCCUCGUUUGCCUGUACCUGGGGCCCAAUAAUCUGGGUCGUCAUCGGCGAGACCUUCCCGCUGCGCACCCGCGCCAAGCAGGCAUCUCUGGCCACGGCGACCAACUGGCUUGGAAACUUCAUGAUCUCGUUCCUCACGCCGCUCGCAACCAGCGGCAUCUCGUAUUCGUACGGCUUUGUGUUCGUCGGCACCAACAUCGUGGCGGCCCUGGCCGUGUGGUUCUUCCUGUACGAGUCGGUCAGCCUCAGCCUCGAGAACGUCGACUCCAUGUACGGGCAGAGCAGCCUCAAGCCGUGGACGUCACGCAAGUGGGUACCCCCUGGCUAUCUAUCGCGCAUGCAGCGCGACGACGAGUACUUCAACCGCCACGGCAACGGCCAUGCCACUGGUGUCGAUGAUGACGAGCAGACCGUCGUGCCGAGCAGUCGGCCCAGUGCUGCCGUGGAUGCCGAGAAGAUCAGCCACGGUGUUCACAAGGGGUCGAACGAAGACAUUCCUCGUGAAUCCCACGAGGAGAAGGUCAACAAGGUUGUGUGAUCGAAGACAAAUGCCAAGUCGCAACGAAAAGGCGGUUUGUAUGAUAUGGCUGGUGUCGCUUGUAAAUUAUGCCCGGCGUUGAUGAGCGUUGGACUAUCUGCAUUUUUAUCUCUUCUUUUUUGGGUAGGGUGCAUCGGAGCAGGUUCAUCGGAGC